AUGGCCAAUCUCAAUUUUCCAGACGAAGGACCGGACUUUUUGACUGAUGAUUCUCUUCAUGAAGCUUAUGAACUGGAGAUUGAAUCAGAUAAUGGCAAGAAAGUCCGAUUCGGGGAACUAGUGGCAGGGAAAGGGGACUCGAUCACAACGAUUGUCAUCUUUAGUGAGUCUUCUGCCACAGAAGACCGAAUGGAAUCAAGCUUAUUGAUCAGAUGGCUGACCGACCCAAUGCUAGUACGCCACUUCUUCUGCGUCUACGACCAAGACUACACCCGCUCCGUGUCCAAGCAAAUGACCCAAAAAUUACUGGAUACAGUACCCGCCAGUGCGAGACCAGCUCAAGUCAUUCUUCUCGGCUGUGGAGAUCACAGCCUUAUAGUGCCUUUUAUGGAAGAGACAACGGACGAAUUUCCAAUCUACACAGAUCCAACAGGGAGGAUAUACGAGAAACUACAGAUGAAGAGGACAACGAGUGGGUUCACAGAGCCACCACCAUAUUCGGACUUCACAUUGCCCACUGGUCUGGCGGAAGGAUUGAAGCAGGUAUGGAAGCGUGGAUGGGCAGGUCUCCGCGGAGGCAAUUGGAAACAGCAAGGUGGUGAGUGGAUAUUUCAGCGAGGAAAACUACGAUUUGCACAUCGGAUGGAAGGGGCGAGUGAUCAUCUUACUGCGGAUCGGUUGCUGGAGAUCUUGAAUGUCGCGCACGGGAAAAGUGAUGACUUACCCUCAACCAGGGAGGAGGGAGAGGAGGCUGAUGGAGAGGCGCAGGAAACAGCUUCUGAGAGUCGAGCACAAGGCACGGAAUACAUAUAUAUCAGGCCUUAA